AUGGACGGACAACCGCAAGUCGACAUAAGCAGACUCUCUGCAUCUGAUCGCCAGGAACUGAGUCAAUUUUUGCAAAACGAGACUCAAAAGUCGAACAUCCAACAGACUGUCCAUCACCUCUCCGAACUCUGCUUCAAGAAAUGCGUUGCGGGAAAAAUCUCAUCUAACCGACUCGACCGAACCGAGGAAUCGUGCGCGGAAAACUGCGUUGGCAGAUGGAUGGAUGCCAAUUUGGCUGUCCUGAAGCAUCUUGAGACUCUCCGUGGUGCGAAAUAA